AUGCCUUCCCAAGGCUCUUUCCCAGCCAUUCUUCAUAUUCGCGAUUUCAUCGACCAUGUUGAACAAGAUCCAACACGCCCCGGUAAAAGCCUAUGCAUGCAGUUACGUGUAUCACUCAAUAUACCGGACAAAGAUAUACAAUCAGACGAUGUUGAACAGGACGACAUUCCCACUUUAAUUCGAUUAUUCAAUGAAGGGAACCGACCGGACCUCUACCAAUCCAACGCUUUUAUUUAUGCGUGGGGCUCUUUUCUCGCCACCUCCUCUGACAGUGACGGCUUCCACAUCCUUCUCCAUGCUCAUGGCGUUGAGAGGCACCCGGGCGACCAAGAAGAUACUAGUUCAUAUUUUAUGCACUGCCCUGAAGCGGCUUUGCCCGUCGUAACCGUCCUUGCGACUGUCCUUGAGCGUGAAGGUCAACUAAAUACUGGCACAACUCUCCUACACUACCGUCUCCAAUCUACAGUUUACAACAGUUCGACUCGGAGCCAUAACACAUUCCCCCUUACUGCAUACUUCAAGAACGGGCAACGUUGGGUGAACUUCCCACCACUGAGCAUCAACACCAACAUUUUUCUGACAGGGCGUAUUUUCGGCAUCACCAAGAACAAUCGCCAGCUAGCUGUGAUUACGGACGACAUACAUUUCCUUCCAACCCAACCGCAAUCUUUGCCAUCCACACCAUCUCCGACAGCUAGUAAACGGAAACGCCAGGACCGCUGGUCCCAAAGGGCUAAUACUGGUUCUCCACUCAAGCCAGCGCCCGUGUUGGAGGAUGAUUCGAUCCCAACCCUCCGACAGUCAUACAGCCCCACAGGAACUACUUCCAUGAACAAUGACGGCGAAGGAACGUUAAUAACCUGGCCGGACACGACCGACGAUGGUCAACCCUUACCACAACCUCGCACUCCUACACCAGAGCCGCGUUCCCAGAGAUCACGAAAAAGACCCAGAAACUAA